ACACACACACACAACAGUAACAAUAAGUAGAGAGAGCGACGAAGCCAUACUCCUGAUCUAUCUCUGAGUGUGUGAGACGGAUUCCGCUGCAUUCAUGUGCUUUUUGAGUUGUGUGUGUCAGCAGCAGGACUCAGCAUUAACCUUCCUCACUCACUGUUAGAUCCAAUCUCUCUCUACCUCAAUUCAACCCUAAGUCCACUCAUUCCUCUCUUCUCUCUUCCGAUUCCAAUUCUUUUCCGUUCCUUUCUUUCGCAGGUUUCUGGCAAUUUGAGAAUGGAAAUUGCUUGGAAACGGAAUUGAUGAUGAUAAUGGAGGAUAUAUCUAAAUACGCACACAGUCCUGCACACGUGGCAGUUGCGAGGCGUGACCACGCUGCACUGCGGCAUCUCAUUUCGACCAUACCUCGGCUUGCGAAAGCUGGUGAGGUUAACACAGAAUCUGAAUCUAUUGCAGCUGAGCUUCGAGCCGAUGAGGUGUCGGCGGUUAUUGAUCGGCGCGAUGUUCCUGGUAGGGAGACACCUCUUCACCUCGCGGUGCGUCUCGGGGAUCAGGUCUCUGUUGAGAUUUUGAUGGCUGCUGGUGCGGAUUGGAGUCUGCAGAACGAGCAUGGUUGGAGUGCUCUACAAGAAGCCGUGUGUACAAGAGAGGAAGCAAUUGCUUUGAUUAUUGCACGGCACUAUCAGCCUCUGGCUUGGGCUAAAUGGUGCCGUAGAGUUCCCCGCAUUGUUGCUUCCGCUGCUCGUAUUCGUGAUUUCUACAUGGAAAUAUCUUUCCAUUUUGAGAGCUCUGUUAUUCCUUUUAUUGGCCGAAUUGCCCCUUCGGAUACUUACCGCAUUUGGAAGCGCGGUUCUAAUCUCCGUGCUGAUAUGACACUGUCUGGUUUUGAUGGCUUCCGUAUACAAAGGUCAGACCAAACCUUUUUGUUCCUUGGGGAGGGGUAUGUUUCAGAGGAUGGUAAUUUGACUCUGCCUCCGGGUUCUUUGCUUGCUCUUGCUCAUAAGGAUAAGGAAAUCACCAAUGCUUUGGAAGGAGCUAGUACACAACCUACGGAUGCCGAGGUUGCUCAUGAAGUUUCUUUGAUGUCUCAGACAAAUAUGUAUAGACCUGGUAUUGAUGUUACUCAGGCUGAGCUUGUUCCCCAUUUGAAUUGGAGGCGUCAAGAGAAGACUGAGGCGGUCGGGCAUUGGAAAGCAAAAGUUUAUGACAUGCUCAAUGUGAUGGUGAGUGUGAAGUCAAGGCGGGUUCCAGGUGCCAUGACGGAUGAAGAGCUUUUUGCUGUGGAUGAUGGUGAAAGUAUGAUGAAUGGAGAAAACAAUGAUGAUGUGUUGACUGCUGAGGAAAGAAUGCAAUUGGAUUCUGCGCUGCGUAUGGGGAAAUCUGGUGGUAUUUGUCAGGAUGAGGAACAUGGAGGCGACUUUGAUGGUCAUGAAAAUGGCUCAGCAGCUUCCUAUGAGAAUUGUGAAGCUAAUGGUGUGGUCAAAGAGAAGAAGGGCUGGUUUGGUUGGAACAAGAAAAACUUGAAGAGCGGCAGUGACGAACCUGAGGAUUCAAAAACUAUGAAGAAAUGUUCGAUGUUGGGCCCAGAAGGUGGCAACCAGAGAUCAGGUGAUCAGCAAAAGUCACAAUCUGAGUUUCUGAAGGAGGAUCCAGGAGAAGUGAAGAAGGGAAAGGAUAAAAACAGUAAAAAGAAAAAGAAGAAAGGAGCAGUUACCGAGUCUAAGAAUGAGGGUGAGUACAAAAAGGGUUUAAGACCUGUCCUGUGGUUGACACCAAACUUCCCUUUGAAAACAGAUGAGCUUCUGCCUCUACUCGACAUCUUAGCAAACAAGGUUAAGGCUAUUAGGAGACUCAGAGAACUUUUGACAACUAAACUUCCUCAUGGAACCUUUCCUGUCAAGGUAGCUAUCCCUAUAGUCCCUACUAUACGGGUCCUUGUGACUUUUACCAAAUUUGAGGAGCUUCAGCCAGCAGAGGAGUUUUCAACUCCACUUUCCAGCCCUGCAUACUUCCAGGAUGCCAAAUCCAAGGAUUCAGAAGGGUCUGCAUGGAUUUCAUGGAUGAAAGGAAGUCGUGGCACACACUGCAGCAACUCUGAUAGUCACAGAUAUAAGGAUGAAGUCGAUCCUUUCAAUAUACCUUCAGACUACAAAUGGGUGGAUGCCAAUGAGAGGAAACGACGUAUGAAGUCUAAGAGAGCCAAAAGUAGGAAACAUAAGAAGCAGACUAUUGCAGAAGGAGGAGAUGGAGUACAUCCGGGAAGUGAGGAUUUGGAAGACUUCUAAUACCAUGGAAUCUCUGUAAUUGCUGCUUGAUAAUCGUAUAAUCGUUCCCAACAGGAAAGUGUAAGUCUUUGUGCACAAGCUGCGCACAGCUGACUUUUCUUUUCACAUUGGAUGAUGUCGCCAAGAAUUUAUUGGAAACUCUUUGGGCGAUCCUUACUCUUUAAGGGUGCCUCUAUGUUUUUCCCCAUUUGCGACAUUGGAUUAAGAAGAGAGCUUUCAUUAUCUGGAAAUUAUUGUAUUGUCAUGUGAAGUGAAAUUGAAGAGAAAGAGUCUAUAUCGCCUUCAAUUGCUUGGCUUCGUUCUAAUUUCCCCAAGAUACCAAUAUUUGUAUCUACAUGACUGCAUCUAUAUCGAUGAUUAUGAUUUUGCAUUUUUUGUGAGUGGUAUUUCAGUUUUCACUUUUCGUUCAUAAGUUUUGGCUAUUCUUUGGGACUGACU